UAUUCCUUACACAGAAUAGGAAGGAGGUUCGCUUGCUUUGCGCAGAGGCUGAGCCACAGGAGAAAGCAAAGCCAAUGUGAUUUAUUGAAUGAAAGCACUGGACAAUUACCAACAACUUGUUCCUCUGCUGCCUCGAACAACAUAAACUGGAAUUGCCGUGUGAAAAUGACCCAACAAAUGCAGAAUUUACAUCUUUCUCAGUCGAAAAAACAUAGUGCUCCAUCAUCUCCCAACGCUGCCAAGCGCCUGUACAGGAACCUCUCUGAGAAGCUGAAGGGAAGCCACUCUUCAUUUGAUGAGGCCUAUUUCAGAACAAGAACCGAUCGGCUGAGCCUCAGAAAGACCUCAGUGAAUUUUCAGGGCAAUGAAGCUAUGUUUGAGGCAGUUGAGCAGCAGGACCUGGAUGCUGUGCAGAUCCUCCUGUAUCAGUACACACCAGAAGAACUAGAUCUCAACACACCCAACAGCGAGGGGUUGACGCCCCUGGAUAUUGCCAUUAUGACCAACAAUGUGCCCAUUGCGAGGAUUCUACUGAGGACAGGGGCCCGAGAAAGUCCACACUUUGUCAGCCUGGAAAGCCGAGCGAUGCACCUCAACACACUGGUCCAGGAAGCCCAGGAGAGGGUGAGUGAACUCUCUGCCCAGGUGGAGAAUGAAGGAUUCACUCUAGACAACACAGAGAAAGAGAAACAGCUGAAAGCUUGGGAGUGGAGGUAUCGGCUCUACAGACGCAUGAAAACGGGCUUUGAGCAUGCCAGAGCCCCUGAGAUGCCAACCAAUGUGUGUCUCAUGGUAACCAGCAGCACAUCACUCACCGUCAGCUUCCAAGAGCCUCUUAGUGUCAAUGCAGCUGUAGUAACCAGGUAUAAAGAGAAGCUGAAAGCCAGAGUAUCUCUCACUGGCUCUGCUCUGCACCAAGAAGAAGGUCUGAGGCAGAUACUUGUGCUCUUCAUCAAACUGCUCACUUUCAACCUGAGGAUAUAG